CCUCUCUCUCACCGUGUUCGUAGUCGCGUUUCCCGCUCAUUUGUUGCUACAGUACCGAGUGCGGCGUGGGGAGCGGUGGCGCAGUGGUUAGCGCCGGCAUGAGGGUCUCCGUGUUCCAUUCCCGGUGCACCACCGCCAGUCCCUUCACAAGAUCGACAUGGUUUUGAUUUAAAGCUUUCGUGACUGCAGGGAUUCAUAUUCUUGGUUCUUUCGGUAAAGUCACGUAGAAGGGAAAUAAUAUCAAACAAUCAAAAUGCUCACGACGUUUCAAAUUUUCUUGCUGUGGAUUUCACACCUGAUGAUGAUUGCUUGUGUUGCAGUCGAAACGUCGUGAGAAUUUUUAUUGUUUUAUAUUUAUAUUAUUUUAUUAUUUCCCUUCUAUGCGACUUUACCGAAAGAACCAUUUUGACUGCUUGUGUUGUGGUUAUUACAAACAUGAUCCCUUGUAUAAAUGUGUCAGUUUUUGUACCAGAUGAAAGGGUAAAAACCUGUUACUAUACUGUAUUUUGUCACUGGUAAAGGAGAUCUCGUAGUGUAAAUGCUUACCCCGAGCUCUCAAUACUCUGAUAGUGCGCUGUUUUUGAGUUGUACGCCUUUUGGCGUCAUCUGGUCCAACACCAUGUGAGACUAGGCUCUAAGAAAAGCUGUCUCGGGUGUGGACCAAUCAACUUCAAGGACAGUGCAUAUCAUUAUCAGAUUUGUUUCUUUUGUUUGCAUUUUGACUGCUUGUGUUGUGGUUAUUGCAAACAUGAUGCCUUGUAUAAAGAUGUCAGUUUUUGUACCAGAUGAAAGGGUAAAAAACCUAUACUAAAGAUCGACAUAGUUUGGUGGUACAUGUUGUUCACGUCGUUUAUUGUGAAAAUUCCGUCACAGUUCCUAUGAUCACUGUUUCAUUGCUUUUAUGGCUUUAUUUUGGUGAUUUUCGGAAAGUUUUUUGGUUUGGCCAUGUUUGUUUGUUGUAGUAUAGAGUUAGACUGAUGGCCUUAAUCUAAGUUGUCUUGUGGUUGUUGUUUGACUUGCAUCCCACUGGGAUUUUUGCACAGAGCGUUGGUGUGCGGUGCUUUUUCUGCAAUAUUUUGCUGUCUUUUCUUGGAUUUUCUGUUUGCACUCAGUCACUUAGUCACUUUAAGAUGUUUUCUUGUGUUUUAAUAUUUAAGUGUUUUUUUUUAUUUAGGGCCCCUUUAUAACAUGUGCUACAGGCCCCGCACUAGCUUAAUUCGGCACUGCCUCUCCCCACCUUCACCAAUCCAUACCAUUGGUUAAAUCACCCACCACAAUCCUCAGGGCAUAGUCAUGCCGUCGUUUAACAGUGGGUUGACAAAAGGGCUGUACAUGUACGGCAAGUCCUCACUUAACACGUGUUCACACAACGUGUUUUUGCGAUAACACGGUUCUUCCAUUCGGGAACAAUGAGCAACAUCACGGAAGGCACCUGUUAUCACGUGGUUUCUGAUCUGUCACACUGAGCGGAGUGAUACAGUACGUGGAAUGAUGCAGUAACGCGGCGGCAUACCCUCGGUUCGUUACGCUGCCAUCGUGCCGUUGAAUUUCAGAGAAAAUGGCCAAAAUAGACAAGAUGAGCAUCUUGGGGGUACGGAGCUUUGGCGUCAGUGACUGCGACAAGCAAGUGAUCACUUUCCACACGCCGCUCACCAUCCUGGUGGGUCACAACGGCGCUGGCAAGACGACGAUAAUUGAGUGCUUGAAAUACAUCUGCACUGGUGACUUCCCACCGGGCACAAGCGGCGCUUCCUUUAUUCACGACCCAAAGGUGGCCCACGAGACUGAUGUGAAAGCGCAAAUUCGAUUGCAGUUCAUGGAUGUGAACGGCGACAUGGUAACCGUGCAGCGAUUGCUGCAUGCCACACAGAAGGCCAAGAAAGUGGAAUUCAAGACCUUGGAGGGGGUUUUCACCCGGCUGAAAAAUGGAGAAAAGUACAGCAUCAGCUCAAAGUGCACCGACAUGAAUCGCGAGAUGAUCACUGCCCUUGGGGUCUCCAAGGCCGUCCUGUCAAACGUCAUAUUCUGCCACCAGGAGGACUCUAACUGGCCGCUCAGCGAGGGAAAGGCUCUCAAGCAAAAAUUCGAUGAAAUAUUUUCUGCAACCAGGUAUAUCAAAGCACUGGACUCGCUGAGCAAGGUGCGUAAGGACCAGGGCUCCAUCGUGCGAGAGCUGCAGGCCGUCGUGAAGCUGCUGCAGCAGAACAAGAACAAGGCGGAGGAGCUGCAGCGGGAUCUUGAUGACAUUGUCGCGAAACUGGAGGCCUCCCGAGAGAGCGUGUUCACCAUCGACCGGGAAGUCAGCCCGCUCGAGAUAAACUUGAAGGACGUCGAGAGUAAGCUAGCAGUGGUGGUGAGAUUGGACAACGAAGUGAAGGCCACGCAGAGCCGCCAAGCUCAGAUGGAGGUGGACAGUCGAGACCUGCAGGAGAAGAUGGAACAGGUGUUUCAAGGCACGGACGAGCAGCUGCAGGAAGCUUACAGCAGCCACCAGCGCAGGGUGCAGGAGAAGGAGCGUCGGCUUGGGGAGCGGCAGCGCGAGCUGGAACGCGUCAACAGGGAGGUGCUCCGUCUGCGCAACGUCAAGGGGGGGCUGCACGUGGAGCAAGGAAAACUACAGCAAGAGGCCGAGAGGCACGCGUCCACUGUGAAGCGUCGAGACCAGCUGGUCCAGACCCUCGCGUCAGAGCUCGAGCUUGACGGGUACAGCAGCGUCCCGCUGUCCGACCGGCAGGUGUCCAGCUUCACGAGGCUCGUCCGAGAGAGGAUGGAGCAAGACGACAACAACGUGAAGCGCCUGCUGCACGAGUUUGAGGAGAAGGAAAACGAGAAGCAGCGUCAGAUGGACGAUGCCAGGGAGCGCAAGACGGCGGCCGAGAGCUCGGUGCAGCUGAAGCGGGAGCUGCUGGGCGACAAGCAAGCCGAGCUGGAGGAGAAGCGCGCCGAGCUGGGUCGGCUGCAGAGCUCCGGGGACCGGCUGCAGGUCGUCGAGAGCGAGCUAAGGGACACUGAGCACCAGCUGGAGGUGGCGGAGGGCUCGUCGCAGGCGGAGGGGCUCCGCACGGAGCUGCAGCGGAUGCAGCGCGAGCGCACGGAUUUCGACAGCCUUCUCCGCCGCCUCGACCACGAGAUGUCCACGCUGAACCUGCACACGCAGGCCCGCACGCAGCUCGACAUGCACAACAAGGAGAAGGUGGAGAAGGAGGAGCAGAUCCGGCGUAUCCGUUUGCGGCACGACAAAACGCUGGUGACGUUCGUGGGACACUUUCCCAGCAAGGGAGAGCUGGAGAUGUGGCUGGACCGUCGUGCCCAGGAGAGGCGACAGCUGCAGGCCAAGAUCCAAGGUCUCAACAAGCUGCUGGCAUCGGCGGAACAGAACAAGUCCCACCUGACCACGGAGCUCCGUCGCAAGGAGGAGCGACUCAAGGAGAACGAGGAGCAGCUGUUUGAGCUGUGCGGGGGCCGUGACCUCGAGAGUGAGCUGUUGGCGCUGCAGGACCAGAUUGAGCGCACCAACAAGCAGCGAGCGAUGCUCGCCGGUGCCUCGGCCGUGUACACCCAGUUCAUCAGCCAGCUCACGGAGGAGUCUGGACCCGACGACUUGGAGGGUAUGGGGGCGGCGGCAGGCGGCGGCGGUGGCGGCGCUGGUCAGGGGUCGCCGUGCUGCCCCGUGUGCCAGCGCGCGUUCCAGUCCGAGUCGGACCUUGCCGAAGUGGUGAAUGACCUGCAAGCCAAGCUGCGGCUGGUGCCCGACAAGCUGCGGGCCACCGAGACCGAGCUGACUCGCAAGCAGAAGCGACGUGACAACAUGAUCCAGCUCAAGCCCAUGCAGCAGAGGGUGGUGGAAACGAGCGAGAAGGAGCUCCCAGAGCUGCGCAACCGUCUAUCGAGCCUCAACCAGGAGAUCCAGCGGCUGAAGAACAGUCUGGACGAGGAGGAGACGCUGCAGGCCACGCUCGAGUCCGAGGAGGACGCCGUCAAGAGCUGCCAGCAGGACGUGGCACUCAUGGACCGCUUCCAGAGCGACCUCAGGGAGCUGGAGAGGAAGGUGGCGCAGCAGAUGGCGCGGUUGGCGGGCGUGGAUGUGGAGCGCACGCUGCAGGUGGUCGGGGACGAGAAGCAGGAUGUUCAACGCAAGCUCGACAACGUGAACAACGCUUUGGAGCUGAAGCGAUUGGCGCUCGAGACGGACGUGGAACGCAUCAACGAGCUUCGGUCGAGGGUCAACUCCGUGCGGGAGGAGAGGCUCCGGCUGGCGACCGGCAUGCAGCGCAUCGAGGCGCUGCGAUCCCUCACUGCCGAGCUGGAGGCCGAAACGAGCGACCUCAAGAGGCAGAUCCAGGAGGCACAGGAGCAGGUGCUGCCACUGGAAGGAACACUGAGGAAGCUUCAGCAGGAAAAGGCAGAAAUCGUAGCGAGGAAAACUCGCGAGCACAACCAGGCAGCACGCCGGAUAUCUGAUUUGCAAGAUAAAAACAAGAACAUAAUAGCAUUCAUGAAAGAAGUGGACACGUACAUUAAUUCUGGACGAGACCAGCUUAAAAAGAACAAGGAGCUGGAGAUGCAGGAGGUGGCGAGGGAGCUGAGUGGCGAGGAAGAGAAUCAAGUGCAGAUCGGCCGUGACAUCAGCGGCAUCCGGCAGGAAAUUGACACGCAGAAGGUACGCGAGCGCUGCCUGCAGGACAACCUGACCCUGCGGCGACGCCAGCAAGAGCUGGCGAGCGUGGGCGACAGCAUUACUCGCCUGCUGGAGAAGAUGGGCAGCAUGAACGUCAUGCAGCUGAAAACAGAGCAGGAGCGGCUGAUCAGUCACCUGGAGGAGUUGAAAAGCAAGCGGAGUCGCGCCCUGGGAAGGCAGCAGGGUCUUCAGGACACGAAGUACAAAUUCGAAGGGCAGCUCAAGGACAAGCAGUUUCGAGAUGCUGCCAAGGAGUACAUGGACAACAUAAUCGUCAUGAAAACGAGCGAGCUUGCCUGCAAAGACCUGGAUGUUUACUACAAGGCUCUGGACCAGGCUAUCAUGAAAUUUCAUAGCAUGAAGAUGCAAGAGAUCAACAAGAUUAUCCGUGACCUGUGGAGGAACACUUACAGGAGUCAAGACAUCGAGUACAUCGAGAUCCGAUCGGACGCCGAUGAGAGCGCGUCGGCCUCCGACAAGCGGCGCAACUACAACUACCGCGUGGUGAUGGUGAAAGGGGACACGCCUUUGGACAUGCGAGGCCGCUGCAGUGCUGGCCAAAAGGUGCUGGCGUCGCUGAUUAUCCGGCUGGCGUUGGCAGAGACGUUUUGUCUGAACUGCGGCAUUUUGGCCUUGGACGAACCGACCACCAACUUGGACCGAGAGAACAUAGAAAGCUUGGCACAUGCACUCGUCGAGAUCAUAAAGAGCCGCUCGCGACAGCGGAACUUCCAGCUGCUGGUGAUCACUCACGAUGAGGACUUUGUGGAGCUGCUGGGCCGCUCCGAGUACGUGGACCACUUCUACCGAGUGCGCAAGAACAACGAGCAGUGCUCCGAAAUCGUCAAGUGCAGCGUCAGCACCCUGCAGGCAUCCGUAGCGUAGAUCUUAGACUCCAGCGCAUGGGGAGGUGGCCCCGUCUUUUUGAUUCCUUGUCACGCGGGGCCUACUUACUAAGAGGCCUGGAAAUAGAUUCUUAAGGGCCAGAGUAUGCCGUUGAAAAUAUUACAGCUGUACUUUUCUGGGUGCAGAGUAGGAGCAUAUUACUGUGUAGAUUUUGCAGUUGUGCUGUAUAGCCCUCUGAUGUGAUUUUGGGUUGUAGCGCGUGUCUUCUUGGCAUGAUGGAUGUGUCGCUCCCAUUAGAAGCUUCAGUCACUUCAUUGACUUCAACAGUUCUUGAAAAACUUUGCACAUGAAACAAAACAUUGGCUAGCAUGUCGAGAAAUACACAGGACAUCCUAAAACUUCAUAGGAUAGCUACAAUAGAAAUUUGCUAAAGCAGUGAUGUCCACAUUUUACAUUGAUUUGGUUGGCCGUGAUUUGCCAUGAGUUGAGUUUUAUAACUUGAUUCUCAAUAACAUUGACUCCAGGAGCAAUUACUGACUCAAGGUUAUUGUUAAAUACACCUUUGUUAGGAAAAUUUUCUUUUAAAAAAUGUCAAGUUUAAAGUUAUUUUCAAAGGGAACUCAUGAACAUGCACGUUCUACACAAAUGAAUUUGAUUGGAUGACAUGACCAUGGAAAAAAAUGUGUGGAACUAUAAAAGCAACUUUUGUUCUUCCGCAGAUGCAAUGCUGAUCUUUGUUUGGCCCACAGUAGUAACCAACAUGUGAUGUGGACUGUUUGUUAUGUGCACAGGUGACCAAAGUGGCCUUUGAUUGAAAUUAUGUUGACACACCUUAUUUGACUGGUAGGAACCUCCUGGUUACACCAGCCCACAGGGGAUUAUUGUGUCCGUCGUUCAGUGAGGGGCUGGGUAGGGAGG